AUGACUGUGAGUAGUUUUAUUGCUUACUUCUGUUUCGGCUUCGUUUUCUACUUUCGAUUCGACAUGUCGGCAAAUUGCGUGUUUCAGACUUGUUUCCCUGGGAAUUUUUUUCAUUCGGCCCCUGAAUUAACAUGCGUGUUACGGUAGUAAUGCCGAUAGGUAAGCAAAAUUGUCCACUUGUUCCAACAAUCUUACUCAGCGGCCCUGGGAUAUAUUCUACGUUUAUAAUUUCCCCCUUAAAACUUUUACAACACUGCAAAUGCCUUAUUUUGAGGAAUGUGCAGUGGCUGCUUCUAAGUUCUGAGCAACGCCAGUUUAUGAUCUAAUGAGAUUUGGUCGUCAAGACGCAUGCCGGUGCACCGUCAUCUAAGUAGCAUUUUAUCUACCAUUUAAUUCCUCACAAUAAAUGCUCAUUUUCACUUAAGUCAGCGUACUGCAUAUAUAUCGGUCCAUCUCAUCCGGCCUCUCCCGUGAUACGUGUAUAUGCCCAAAAUCCGACUUCAAACGUUAUUUUUUUUAGCGGCCAUUCGUUCCUUCAUUUUAACUUAUUUAUGAUCAAGGUGCCAAUAUGAGAGGCCUUGUAAUUGAUGCUCAUGGGUCUUAAUCGCUUGCAUGCAUGCAUCCUUGAGCCAGUUUGUUAGAAGUCGUGUUGCUUUGCUCUUGUGCUGUUUUCAUAUAUUGACUGUGGCACUCUUGGUAGCAUCCAUCUACCUGUCUAUCGUAAUAGCCCAAGCUACUAAAUAUGUAUUGCCCGCUGACUUAGCCCAAGCCCUCAUGGUGAGAAAUUAGAUCCUGCUCGGGUAAUUGCAUUGUGCAUAGAACGGAAGGAUAAGUUGGGUAAACUGCGCGAAACACGUUCCGUGAACCGGGCUGGCGACCAGUGCGUCUGGGCAAGUCAGCAAUGCUCAUGCUGGCUUUGGCGCCAGACGCUCAGCAUGAGCGGCUAUGACUGGUGGACGAACCGAACCGCCAAGGCUCGCCGCAAAAUUAAUGGCCACGCCGAUUGCACACGUGGAACACAAACGACAGACCUUUAAUGGGGAGCGUCUAGGGGAGAUGUACGAAUCUCUACCGUUUAAUAAUGUGCCAGUCGGAGGCUUUUGUGUGGUAGCCGACUCCGAAAGAGUGACCGCCACAUGUCCCACAUGCCGUUCCCCGCUGUCGCACAUUGUCCACCAAUUUUUUUGCAGCAAGCUGAUGCAUGCUAGUACUUUCUAACCAGACAAAAGCCUUUCUGGCAACGUCAAAGGGAGCAAGAAUGCCCAUCUCUGAUUUAUUUGUUCUAUGACAGAGUAUUUGCCCAUAUCUCGUCUCGCAAUCAUGGCUGGCUGGGAGGCAGUCGUAUGCGAUUCUCCCCCCCUCCCCCUGCUCAACCUGUCGAUUGGACACUUCCGCAAACGCGAACAUGCCAAGUUCGCCUUUUUGUUUUCGCCUAGGUUUGCUGGAUGCAACCAAAGGAAAAAAGUAAGCUCGUGUAAAAACCUCGGUAAUCAGCGCCUUCUACCGUCCUAUGUAAGACUGUUGUCUGAGGCUAAGAAGCCUAGGAAGGUUAGUAGGUCCUCGCUGCCAAACACUUCCAGUGUCCGCUGAUCUUUUGCGGCCAAGCGUAUUAAACUACGCCGUUGACUGAACUCUCUGGAGGGUCCUACACGGUUUUGGUGGUGUUUUAUCUGCACCUUGACACCGGCUUUGACUACGCUCACAAUAUCUCCCUGCUGGCGUAAAGCUUUGAUGACUUGCAGACUGUAGUGCCGUGGUUUAAUGAGGUCACCGAAGCGGUCGAUUUAUACACAUAUGCAGGAAAGAACAGUGUUUUCGGGCUGCAUCCCUGACCAGAGAAGACACCCCUUGCGGUUAGUGGCUGUCAACUUGGAGUAAAUGCUUUCAAGUUACUCGGGCAAGGCUGUUACCGAAUGGGAGGAGUGAGGACAAAGCGAUCUCCUCAGUUGAUGCUGUUCGCGGGGUUUUCGGAGUUCUUGGCAGGUAUCUGUGGAUCUUGCGCGACACCGUCGUUACAAAGAUCUGUGUUUACCGGGUAUCCGUCCGGUCAGUUCCAGAAGGUUGUGAAUUUUGGGCUGAGCACAUGAAGGGUAAGCGAAUGUUGGAGACGUUUGACCACCACUCCUGAGCACCAUUCUUCGAGCGAAGUACAAUGACUUGGUUUCGAACGAGGCAGUCAGCACUUGCGACAACACGGUGAGGCUGUCUCAAGGCGUCCGAGGAGAUUUGCCAUUCGCGACAUCGGAGCUGGCUAGAUAAGGCAUGAUCACUGCUGUACCAAGUUAAGUUUUGCUACUGAGGUCAGCAUAUUCCAUAUAAGAAGUAAGUCGGUCCUUCUAAGACCUUGUAACUAAUUUUCCCUUGGGUCCGCUUUUCUACCUGGACCGCAGACUGAAACAUUUGUAGAGGUAACCCGAACUGCCCUGGUGUGACGUGCCUUCGUCAUUUAAUAAAACAGUGUUAUCUCAUUUGCGUGCCAGCUCGGUAGGCCUGCAUAUUUGUUUGGAUGGGUCGAUAGUAACGGGAAAGUCGUUCUUAGUAUCCGUUCUUUCUGUUUGGUUUAUUGUCGAGUGCGCCACCUGCUGUCUGCGAUGCCUACUUGAACCAGUGUCAAAUGCACCACUUCAACCCGACACUUCUGUUGUUCUCCCCCAAGUCUUUAUCCUGCGUCCUCGACGCCGUGGGACACGGUGGAUAUCGUCAUUCACGACUGUCUAACUGACGGAUGACGAUGUCUGCACAAUCCUUUGACCGCUAGCGGAGUUGUAGCCAGAUAACCCGGCUAACGAUUACAUAUUGCCUCAGCAUUUUCAGACUAGUUGGCACGUCAGAAGAGAAAGCCACAUCGUCCUCCUAGUUCAGGUCGGCCAAAAGCCGCCUAACCAUAACCUAAUGGAAGGGCUGGCUAGUGCUCAACUUGCUUGGCCUCUAAUCCAGUCCUGAAUGGGCUGGAUCCUAUCGUUCUGCUACACCAGAUAGUGUGGUAGUGUGUGGGUGAAGUGCUCAUGCCAGAAGCCGAGAGGUGUCUUCUCCUGGUCAGGGAUGCAGUUUGACAACAUUUUGGAUAAACCGACAGAAUUAGUGACUACGUUCACCUGUGGCACCAUAGACUGCAGAUCACCAAAACUCAAGACAAGUAAGGCAAUAUCAUCGGCAUAGUCGAGGUCAGUCAGUAAGUGUCCGGGUGCAAACUCAGCACUGUCCCCUUCGUGCAAAACACUCCCGAGAAUCCAGUCAAUAGCUUAGUUGAACAGAAUGAGCGACAGGACACAACCGUGUCGAACGCCAGACCGAAUACCAAACGGUUAGGAAAGAUUGCUGUGGACCAGGACUCGCUUAGUGGUGGGGCAAUACUAGGCCUUGAUCAUGGCGUUGACUUUUGGUGGUACGCUAUCUAAUGCCUUUAUCCACCAUAGGGACUCACGAUGGACGGUGUCGGACGCGGCGGCAAAUUCAACAAAGCAGACGGCCGCCGGUUGCUGGUAGCUAUGGCGGAAUUCGAGAAUGCACCUUAAUGUGAAUGCCUGGUCCGCGCAUCCACGUCCAGCACGAAAUCAGGUCUGAUUGGGCCUCGUCCUAGAAUCACCCCAGUCUGUUAGUAUGGUAUCAGCCUACCCUACAGUAUUGAAUCGCCUGAGUAGGACAAUAGCGAAGAUCUUCGCAGCAACGUCAAUAAGACUUGUGCCGCGGUAGUUCUCGCAUCUUAUCUCCCUCCUUGAGGAUAGGUACUGGAAUGCCUGAGCCCCAGUCAUCAGGAACAACCUCGUCUAUCCACGCUUGUUCCAUCACCUCAUGGAACCAGGGCGCCUGGGUGUCGGCACAAGACCUGUAGAUUCCAGCGGGUAUACCGUUCUCUCCGGAUGCCUUGUUAUUGCGUAGCUUUCGUAUGGCAUAGGCGACUUCUCUCUCAGGAGGGGGAUCGCAUGAUACUGCAUAGUUUGGAGAGGGAAGGAACUCCGCUGCAGAAGAGAGUGACGGCGUGGUGAGUUGGAUAUCGAAAUUGAGGUGGUUCCUGAAGUGCUCACGCCAACGCUCGACUUUGACCGAGUUGUCAUCAGUAAAGCCGCCAUUUACGUCGCGCACUGAGUCACUCAGUAACUUGGUGGAUAAGUUGGUAGAGUUCUUGAGUGUCACCAACGUUUGAGACCUGUUCCGUUGAGGUCGCUAUUUCAGCCCAAUAUCGCCUCCGGUCAUCCCUGGUCGACUUUGCCGUCAUAUUUCGAGGUUGGCGGAAGGAAUCAUCAUUACGAGACCUAUCUCGAGCCCUCUGAGCAGACAGCUGUAGGGUUCUUCCGCUGAUCCAGUCACUGCGGCGUCGUUGGGUAUAUCCAAGGAUUUUCUCAGCUGCCCCAUAGACUGGCGUUUUCAGUGAUGACCAUUGGUGACUGCCUUCUCCGUCGGCUCGGAUCGUAAAACAGAACCGGAUUUCUCUGCUCAGAGCCUCGACAGUGCUGGUUCGCCGGAUUUUUUGGCGACAUCGAGGCGUCUAGGAUAUAGCAUUUCUGGCGCGGAUGAGGUGAACUUUCCGGCCAUUCCAAUAUCCGGCGACAAUCAGCAGAUCGCGGCGAGGGAGUCGUUCAACUAACGCUUGCAACGGCGAGUAAAACGCCUCGUUGUCGCUCUGUUCAGCAGCUGAAGUUGAUGCGUUCACAGAGACGGGGGAGAUGUUCGUGAAGUGACCUUUCAGUCGCACGUAGGCCAUCCGGUCAUUGGCUGGUUUCCAAACAAGUAACGCGAGGUCCGCUUAUUUGCGAGAGGGCAAUCGCCACACCGUGUCUACCAGAAGAGUCACGCGGGCCGAUGUGGUACAGGGUGAAUUGUGAUUCGGCCCCAGGGAUCUUUAUUUUUCGAGAGCCUGUGUCAGGAAGUCGAACUUCGGACAGACAGCAGACAUCCACGUUGUACUGAUUAAGGUCAGAUUUUGGGUACCGGGGUCCAGGAACGUUCACAUAUUUCAGCAUCAAAUAUGAAGAGUCCGUCCCCGAUUGAGUAGUUCAGCUCGCAUACUAUUCGCCCGCACCACUGGACCAGAGUUGCGGAGCGCGUUAGUUGCCGUGGACGCCGUAGCAUGGGUCGUAAUACUGUAGUCGGACAUAUUUCAUGAGGUUUCUUGGGAAUUUUGAGUACAGGCGGGUCCCCAACAGCCGCUCGGAUUGUUCGUUCGAAGUUGUCUCCUCUAGCGCUUUGGCUUAGAAGACUGACCACAAGGCAGCGGUGGCAAGCAAACUUGUUUGAUGGCAAUUCACGGUCGCCAUGUCACAAUGCCGUCAUCGGACUUGACGGUUUUUAUAAGGUUUUUAGCAUGCCAAACCGCAGCCCUCCACACUGGUAGCACUCGAUACUGGUCCGCAACUGCUUUUUCGUUAGACUUGGGCCUGCUUAUUUCGCACUUAACCUCCACCGAAGGCCGUUUCACUAUCCACCACCUGUGGACACGUCGGGUAGCCAGCAGUUAGCCUAACGGGCAACCCAUCUUCCCGUAAUUAUGUCAUCGAUGGUCCGCUAGAAGCACGCAACCCCGUUGCUCACACCAAACGGGGUACGACAAAAUGGACACAAACACCCACAAGCUUCGAAGGCAGUGUAUGGUCUUUCCUCUCCCCAGAUGGGUAUCUGGUGGUAGGCGCUCUUGGGAUCAAGAAUGCUAUGCGUGUCGUAGUUUGCAAUAUGAGCAAUCAUUUCGUCUAUUCUGGGGGAGGGGUAGGCAUCUAGAAGUGUAUUUUUUGGCCGUUUGGCUAUAGUCGACAACCAUCCGCUUUUUGUGGUUUUCAUUGGCUACCACCAAAACUUGGGCCCGCCAGGGGGGGGGAUAAUGAAUGCUCAACCACACCCUCAGAAAGGAGGCGACGAAUAUCUUCUCGUAUAGAGCUCUCAUCCACAUUGGUGUGUCUACGAGAUUUAUUAGCGAUAGACUUGUAGUCCGGUGUCAGAUUAAGAAACCAACCGUAGGGUUCGACGCAAGCGGCAGCCAUAGAACAAGGUGAGAACGUAAGUUCAAGUCCACCAAAAGGGAUUUCAACACUUUUUUGAAUUUUAGUUAGUGGUUUACAGAAGUGAUGUCGACUUUUCCUAGUGUAUACCUGUUCCUGUACGCAACCAGGGCACUGGUGAACUUCGCUUGCAAUGGCUGAACCGUCGCCGCACAUUACAGAUUUUAGAAGCAAGUUGAUUCUUUGCAUUUCGAACUGCCGUGGGCAUUGUACCUUCGCAUUUCCGUCCCUCUGGUCUUCCCAGCUCACAAAUUGUAGUUUUAGGUACUUUCCUGGGACCAAACGCCCAUAGGCUUCUCUACGAGUAUACUCAUGAGUAACUUUUAUGUAUCUUCUGGCGUACAUUUUCUAGUCAUACGACUUAGUACUCGAAAGUUUGUGUUCUUGCACGCUCUUGUUUUAAAAUGUCAAGAGCGUAUUUUUUCUAGAAAACUCCUUUUCUUCGUGCCUACAGAUGGACAUUCGUGUCCGCCUUCGUCCAUGGCUAGAAAGUCGCUUAAACGAAGGUUGGAUCGAGGGGUUAAACUGGAUUGAUCAUGAAAAGGGAAUUUUUCGCAUCCCCUGGAAACACCAUAGUAAACAUACAUGGACGGAACAAGACGCCACCAUUUUCAAAGAUUGGGCCGUUGUCACUGGCCGCUAUCGCGAAGGCAUUGAUGAUCCUGAUUGGCCGAUGUGGAAGACGCGUUUGCGAUGUGCCUUAAACAAGGCCCCUGACAUCCAAGAGGUCAAACAACGACACAACCUGCAUUGCGAUGAACCCUUUAAGGUUUACCGCUUCAUCAGCAAGACGGAAUCUCUCUGGCGAGCGAACGCGUCUAGGAAUGCUAGCAUGAUUUUCGAUGGCAUCCCGGCUAUGGCAAAUCCACCUCCUCUUCACCUUUCCUCCGUCGUCCGUCGCAGCAUGCAACCAACCACUCUUCUGGGAGGAAAGAGGCCCGCCUUUUUUAUUAGAAGACUGGUUAGACCUGCAAGCGGCUGCAGACCAAUCGCAGUGGUAAGCCUCCUAUUUAUUUUUAAUCACCAUCUCGACUCCUAGCUGCGGCGAGCUCAUGACCAGUUAUUCCUCAAAAAGCUAAGUUUGCGCGCGCAAGCCCAGCCAGCACCAGUUGAACAGUCGCCAGCGUUUAGUAUCUCAGAGACUGCUGACUCCUUGGAUGUCGGUGCGGUCCAAGAAAUAACUGGUUUCUCCGAGGAGUCUGCCGCCUUCAACAGACCAAGCUGGCAACCGUACGCCAACCGUGGGGUCCAACCGAUUCCUCUCCCACCCUCGAUAUUGCGAAAGGUUGCUCCUAUGCAUGGCACCGCGUAUCAGAGCCCUGGUUAUGAUCUGACGAAUGGAAAUUCUCAGUCAUUUCUGCCCCUCCUUCCUGACGUAAUGGAACCGGAAUUCCACCAGUUAGGCGUACGGAUUCAACAUUUAAAUAUCCGGGUCAAAGAUUCCAUAGUAACCAACCCUAAUGGCUGCUGCAUUUACUUUGGACGAUACGAUGAGGUAGGCCUUACUACCUUACUCGAUUCUCCUUUCCAGGCAAGUUCUUCAGCUGUUCCCGAUGCUAUUGAAGCCCAAAUUAUUCGUCACGUGUCUGACGCUAAUCGUUCUUAUGUCAAUCUCCUACUCGACAAUAUGUACCGAGGUGUCAUUGUCACUUCUUCGCGUGGAAGCAUUUACGUUGAGAGGCUCUGCAAAUGCGCCGUCUUUGUCUAUGCACCUAGCGGGGGUGACUAUGUUUUCCUGAAAAACCUUAGCAGGAAAGAGUGUACAAAAGUGUUUGACUACUCCCAGUUUAUGGCGGAUUUGGAGUAUCACCGUCGACGACAAGGGCCCAGGCCACAGUUUGAGAUUGUUCUCUCUUUCGGACAACAGCUGAGACCGGGCGUAUCCACCGAUAGUCUACUUGUUUGGUGCCGCAUCGCCAGCUGUCGUGCCUGGUUCCAAGCACAAAAGGUAAUUUUCACUUCAACCGAUUCAUGUUACUGUACCUUGCCAACAAAUUCACUAACAUUUUAGCACGUUAAGCCGUUUGGUAAGAAUAGUCACAAUCCCUGUUGACUGUGUUGAAUGGACGUCUAGGUAGCUCUUUUAUGUCACCUGCCAGGCUAACCCUUGCUCUUUCCAGUUUCAUAAUGCCAAAGAGUCCCUAUCGGUCCAUUGCUUUGUAUGACUCACUGAGGAGCGCAAUUUUCUGUGCGCAUUUAGCACUGGCCGUAUUUAUAUAGCCGUUAGUGCUCGACAGUCUAAGUUGCGUGAUACUACCGAAAUGAUUGCUUAGGCUUGCCCAAAUUCGUCAAAGCUCCCACAGUUUUCUUGUAGCCCGUUUCUUCUAAUUUUGCUCUCGACAGAGGCAAGCCGGGAUCGUCAAUUAACGGCGCGGCACGAACCAGGAGUCCUAUUUUGUCAUUUCUCAAAACACCCCGGCAGAGCCUAUACCAGCUUGGGACAGUUGCAUACAGUCGGUGACCUAACUCGUGCAAUAUGCGCUGAUUCCCGAAAAAACCUACUUAAACCGGCCCAUGUGCGUCGACUAUAACGCUCACUUAAAAAUCAGCGACCCUCGGUUAAAUGAAAAAGCAGGGAUAUUGAAAUUGAUAUUACGUUAUUUAAAGAGUACCACUUCUAAAGAAAAGCGGAAGUAUCGAAAAUGCAAAGAUCGACGUCAAAUACAUGGCCAUGAUGACUGCUAAAUAAAUUAAGCAACACAAACACAUCAGCAUUGAAAGAUAUUUUGGAUUGUCCUCAGUCUAAAUAUCCCCCAAGGGUUAGUGUAAUGUCAGCAGUUUGAUGCGUAGCAGUCUCAAAAAAUUGUGUAGGAAUCUGCGUCGGAGCCUUCAGUGUGCUUUGUCUAAGAUUUGGUUGAAUAGAGUGAGGAGGAUAUUAUGGGGACGUAGCAAUACAGGUCUGUGACUAAUAAAUCAGAAGUUGAUUGUCAAAUGCAAUCAUAAGCGUAUCACUUUCUGUGUAUAAGGAAGUUUUCCUUCCGUAAAAUCACUGUUUUGGCAGCAGUGGAGUUAGUCGAAUUUCGAUGCGUCUCAGAAAUGUCAGCGAAUACCUUUCGGUGUCCUAAGUCGAUUGUUUGAAAAUAUAACUGCCGUUUGUGGUCGUCAAAACUUGCAAUAAGUCACUUCCUUUAAACUUUUUUCAUAUGCAAUGAAUUCCUGAACGUUGUCUUUUUCUACAGACGGCAGUUUGCGUCAUUUGUAGGCUCAGCAAAACGCCAAACCUAGUGGCUAAGGGAAGUUGACAUCUACAGCCAAGGCCUACUAUGAAUAUGUCCUUGAUCUUACUUUUUAAGUCUACUUUGUUCGACUCGUCAGGCGAAUGCCCAAAUCCUUCACCUUUUUACAAAGUCAAGGACUUACAUUGUCUCGUCCGUUCAUAUCCUGCUCUGACCGCAACUAGCAGUUUUUAUUUUCCUUGGAAAGGCUCCUUUUGCUCUUCAUUUUGGAACCGUUCCCGUUAUAUUUGUUUUCUUCUAGUCCCUAUUAAUUGUGCCGCCGAGUCUUCAUAUGAACUUGAAAAUGCCUCUAACGAUUAAUACGACAUCUAAUCAGUUGCUAGAUAAUGUAUGCACCGAAAUUCAACCGCGCAAGCAUCAUCUUACCAUAUACUCGAAAAUUCAAUUAGCCGAGACGGUUGGCUAUUCGGCGAUUACUCUUCAAAUGCUUGUAUACGCCUGGCAGCAUAAGGUUAUCGGUCGGCAUCACGGCUGUUUUAGGUCACAAUCUAGUACAGACUUACGACUCCUAAUUUUUAGAAAAGAGCCUAUAUUUUUUCGAAAUAACUUGGCCACCUAACGUAUUGCCUCGCCUGAAUUACGUGGACUUAACGAUCAAGCUUCAAAAUAUCAAAGAUUGUUUUGCUAAACCUCACGUAGAUGAGAACGUCCUUUUUUAAAAACACACAAGCACGCAUGUGGUCUGCAGUGGCUAUUAGCUAUGGAAAUCGCCUAAAUAUAAACACAUCGAUCUCCGCCCACGUUACCUUAGACACGGAUUCCGCACUAUGAAAAGCCCUUUCCUUAACUCCAGGGCAGUAAGUAAACUUCGCAAUUGUCGGCGGGUCUUCUGGAUUUCGAUCAUGUUUAGUCAGUUUGGUCACCCGCCGUAGGGCUUUGGUCAUGCAUGGUCUAGCCAACCUUAAGUACCUUAAGCCGUUUUCGUAGUUCUGGUACAGGUGGGUCUCCCAUCGGCUGACCAAAUUCUUUGGUCGAGGUUGCCUCUAGCGCUUCAGCCCUUCAAACCUGCGCUCGUCGUUUACUUUUUAGAAAUGGCUGUUUUGACAGCAUAUCAGACUUCAUUCAGAGGUCCGUCUUCCUCACAAAAGCUCUUUAAUCAUUGUCUUACCUCACCUGCUCCACCUGCAUUUUCUUGUCGCUGUCAUGUUAGGCUUCUGCGGAAUUUCCGAAGCUAGAGGAAGGUCUCUCAAACGGCAUACCUCUACACCAGCCCCCUCAAGACGCUGAGGUCAACGGUGGUCGUCCCCUGGAUUGUGACAUGCAUGUUUCCUAUCGGAACGAAUCUACAGCAUUUGACAAGAAUCCUUAUGACCCAUCGUAUGUCCGCAUCGGAUCCUCUGCGUCGGCCGACUCUAUUGCUAAGAUGGAGGAUAUGGACGGAGGAAUUCACACUGCGGAUACUUUAAACUUAGCUGAUGGCCUGCCGGAUCGAUCAUCCAGUUCCGAACUUGUCAUCGAGGAGGGCGUCGAGAUUCCUCUGGAUGACCAGGACCACCUAAACUACGAAGCACCCGGCAUUCAUGAAGAUGAUUUGCUCCAAAAUAUGGAUGGAGACGAUCUUGAGUCCCGCCAUGCGGAAUUUAUGAACGCAGCCGAAGGCAUGGACAUAAAGCCUUACAUAUCCGAAGACACCCUCCUCAACCUUGGGACCGACUUCAAGAGUUGA